AGCGAGACGCUGCUGCGAGGAGUCAUGGCUUCCCUUCUCCCUCCAAGAGCACCAUUUCUCAGAAACAACUUCCCAGUUUCCUGGAUUUCUUCCCCUAAACCUACUCCCCCGAACCAAGUUAGUCCAUUUCCGGAGCCACUGAGACGGAGCCGAGGAAGGUUCUGUGCGGUCAUUGGGGAUAGCCCGGAAGAAUUUUUAGUGAAAGGCCUUCCUCUGGAUGAGUCCAAUCCCCUGUUUCCAUAUCUACAGUAUGGGCUCGGUCAGCUUCAAAGAGCUGUUGGAGGAUUGCCAGAGAUAGAGAGAUGGGAAAUUUUGGUUUUUUCAGGCUUGAUCUGGAUCUACUUGACUGCAAGACCUGGUGUGCUCAUCGGCGCUGUCGAUACUUAUAUGCUUGCUCCAUUGCAGCUGGGUUUGGACAGCUUACUUGGGAGGAGGAAUCUGAAGAUGAGUGACUUCGUUGUCGGGGAGAGGCUGGGCGAAGGAUCGUUUGGGAUCGUUUACUCAGGAGCCAUUGUGCCUAAGAAUUUGGGUGUUGAAGAUAGGUUGGGGAAGAGAGGGAGGAGACUAGAGAUGGAUAAGAGAUUCAAGGAGAAGGUCAUUUUGAAAAAGGUUAAGGUUGGGACUGUAGGAGCUGAAGAAUGUGGUGAUUUUGAGGAGUGGUUCAACUACCGUGUCUCAAGAGCAGCUCCUGAAUCAUGUGCCAAGUUCCUUGGGAGUUUUAUUGCUGAUAAGACUUCUUCAAAAUUUACCAAAGGUGGCAAGUGGCUCGUAUGGAAAUUUGAGGGAGAGAGCACUCUGGCUGAUUACAUUAAUGAUCGGAACUUCCCAUUCAACUUAGAGUCCAUCAUGUUUGGGCGUGUCCUUCAAGGACUGGACUCAAUUAAAAGAAGUGCUCUGAUCAUUAAACAAAUCAUGCGACAGAUAAUAACCUCGCUAAGAAGGAUACACAAUACAGGAAUUGUUCAUCGAGACAUUAAACCAGCUAAUUUGGUGGUGACAAGGAAGGGACAGAUCAAGCUCAUAGACUUUGGGGCGGCCACAGACCUUCGCAUUGGCAAGAACUAUAUACCUGAUCGUGGAUUGCUCGAUCCAGACUACUGUCCCCCUGAAUUGUAUGUGCUUCCAGAGGAAACACCAAGGCCUCCCCCAGAACCUAUUGCAGCUAUUCUCUCUCCAAUUCUUUGGCAGCUCAACAGUCCAGAUCUAUUCGAUAUGUACUCAGCUGGAAUUGUACUGAUGCAAAUGGCAAUCCCCACCUUGAGAUCUACAGCAGGUCUUAAAAAUUUCAAUUCAGAACUGAAAGCAGUUGGUUAUGAUCUGAGCAAAUGGAGGGAAUAUACUCGUUUGAGGCCAGAUCUAAGCCUACUAGAUCUUGAUUCUCGUAGAGGGUGGGAUUUGGUAACAAAGCUAGUUUCAGAGAGAGGAUUUCUCAGAAGAGGUAGAUUGUCUGCAGAUGCUGCUCUCAGGCAUCCAUAUUUCUUGCUAGCUGGUGAUCAGGCAGCAGCUGUUCUUUCAAAAUUAAAUUUAACCAAAUAGUUUUUGCUCUCAUCAUGGCAGUGUACUAGUUACACCAGUUCUGCUUUAAUCUGCAUAUCUCUGUUCUUACUUUUGACUUUUUUCCUCCCACUUGAAAACCUACAACUCCUUAUGAAAUAUCAGCUAUAAAAAAAAGCAUCAGCUUA